CAAAGCAGAGUGGAGACUCACUCACCCUGAAGAAAAGAUGGUCCAUGUGUAUGAGAGUGGAAACAACCUCUCAGAUGAAGACGACCAGGAGCAGGUUUACAGUAGCCGCACAGAGAUGAAUGAAGAUCCAGUGACUACUAAAGACCUCAGUCUGACCCUGAAAGACCUCCACCUCACUGACAGUGGAGUCUACACCUGCACCGUCUACAACAAGUAUGGAUACAAGCUGCUACAGAAAUCAGUGACUCUCAUGAUGAAGAGAGUUCAUGUGUCAGUAAAGGAGGCUCUUCAAAAUUGUCAGCCUAGACUUAAAUCUGCUCUAAGGAAGAAGUUCCAGUGUGUGUUUGAGGGCAUCGCUAAAGCAGGAAACCCAACCCUUCUGAAUCAGAUCUACACAGAGCUCUACAUCACAGAGGGAGGGACUGCAGAGGUCAAUGAUGAACAUGAGGUCAGACAAAGUGAAACAGCAUCCAGGAAACCGGACAGACCAGAAACAACAAUCAGACAAGAAGACAUCUUUAAAGACUUACCUGGAAGGGAUGAACCAAUCAGAACAGUGCUGACAAAGGGAGUGGCUGGCAUUGGGAAAACAGUCUUAACACAGAAAUACACCCUGGACUGGGCUGAAGACAAAGCCAACCAGGACAUCCAGUUCAUCUUUCCAUUCACUUUCAGAGAGCUGAAUGUGCUGAAAGAGGAAAAGUUCAGCUUGGUGGAACUUGUUCAUUACUUCUUUACUGAAACCAAAGAAGCAGGAAUCUGCAGCUUUGAAGACUUCCAGGUUGUGUUCAUCUUUGAUGGUCUGGAUGAGUGUCGACUUCCUCUGGACUUCCACAAAACUACAAUCUUAACUGACCCUAGAAAGUCCACCUCAGUGGAUGUGCUGCUGAUAAACCUCAUCAGGGGGAAACUGCUUCCCUCUGCUCACCUCUGGAUAACCACACGACCUGCAGCAGCCAAUCAAAUUCCCCCUAACUGUGUUGACAUGGUGACAGAGAUCAGAGGAUUCACUGACCCUCAGAAGGAGGAGUACAUCAAGAAGAGAUUUAGAGAUGAGGAGCAGGCCAGCAGGAUCAUCUCCCACAUCAAGACAUCACGAAGCCUCCACAUCAUGUGCCACAUCCCAGUCUUCUGCUGGAUCACUGCUACAGUUCUGGAGGAUGAGCUAAAAACCAGAGAGGAAGGACAGCUGCCCAAGACCCUGACUGAGAUGUACAUCCACUUCCUGGUGGUUCAGGCCAAAGUGAAGAAGGUCAAGUAUGAUGGAGGAGCUGAGACAGAUCCACACUGGAGUCCAGAGAGCAGGAAGAUGAUGGAGUCUCUGGGAAAACUGGCUUUUGAUCAGCUGCAGAAAGGAAACCUGAUCUUCUAUGAAUCAGACCUGACAGAGUGUGGCAUCGAUAUUAGAGCAGCCUCUGUGUACUCAGGAGUGUUCACACAGAUCUUUAAAGAGGAGAGAGGACUGUACCAGGACAAGGUGUUCUGCUUCAUCCAUCUGAGUGUUCAGGAGUUUCUGGCUGCUCUUCAUGUCCAUCUGACCUUCAUCAACUCUGGAGUCAAUCUGCUGGAAGAACAACAAACGACCUCCCAGAAGUCUGAAACAGCAGAAUCUUCAGUGACAAAAGAAUUUGCAGAGAAAGACUUCUACCAGAGUGCUGUGGACAAGGCCUUACAGAGUCCAAAUGGACACCUGGACUUGUUCCUCCGCUUCCUCCUGGGUCUUUCACUGCAGACCAAUCAGAUUUUCCUGCGAGGUCUGCUGACACAGACAGGAAGUAGCACACAGACCAAUCAGGAAACAGUCCAGUACAUCAAGAAAAAGCUCAGUGAGACUAUGUCUUCAGAGAAAAACAUCAAUCUGUUCCACUGUCUGAAUGAACUGAAUGAUCGUUCUCUAGUGGAGGAGAUCCAAGAGUACCUGAGAUCAGGACGUCUCUCUAGAUAUAAACUGUCUCCUGCUCAGUGGUCAGCUCUGGUCUUCAUCUUACUGUCAUCAGAAAAAGAUCUGGACGUGUUUGACCUGAAGAAAUACUCUGCUUCAGAAGAGGCUCUUCUGAGGCUGCUGCCAGUGGUCAAAGCCUCCAAUAAAGCUCUGCUUAGUGUUCCUAACCUCUCAGAGACAGGAUGUGAAGGCGUGUCCUCAGUUCUGAGAUCCCAGUACUCCAGUCUGAGAGAGCUGAACCUGAGUAUUAACAGCCUGGAGGAUUCAGGAUUUAAGAUUUUUUCUGCUGCAUUGGAGAGUCCACAUUGUAGACUGGAAACGCUCAGUCUGUCAGGCUGUAUGAUCACAGGGAAAGGGUGUACUUCUCUGGCUUCAGCUCUGAGCUCCAAUCCUUCCCAUCUGAGAGAGCUGGACCUGAGCUACAAUCAUUCAGGAAACUCAGGAAUGAAGCUGCUGUCGGCUGGACUGAAGGAUCCAGGCUGGAGACUGGACACUCUCAGGGUGGAGCCUGCUGGAGUCCGAUGGUUGAGACCAGGUCUGAGGAAGUAUUCCUGUCAACUCACAAUCGACACCCGGAUUUUAUGUCUCUCCUGGUGCCUCAGUGUCCCUGUGUUGAGUUGA